GCAAAGGCAACUGGUCUGUGAGAGUCCAGGAUGGGGAACUGGGCCAUCAACCACUGGUUUUCAGCUCUGGUGAUUGCUGCUUGGUUAGCAUUGAAUAUAUACCUUUUUCUGACAUAUUUCCUGAUAUUUGAUAGAAGUGAACAGUACUAUUACACCAGGCAGAUUCUUGGGUCUGCGCUGGCUUGGGCUCGGGCAUCGGCCAAGUGUCUGAACUUCAAUAGUAUGUUGAUCCUGUUGCCUGUUUGCCGGAAUCUCCUCUCCUUCGUGAGAGGCACCUGUCGGUGUUGCAGGCGGACCAUGCGACGGCAGCUGGAUCAUAACCUGGCCUUCCAUAAACUGGUGGCUUACAUGAUUGCUAUUCAUACAGCCAUUCACAUCAUUGCUCAUUUGUUCAACGUUGAGUGGUACAUCGAUGCUCAGCAGAAAACGGACGAGAGCUUGCCUUCCAUCCUGUCGCAUCUUCACAAGACGGAUGGUUUGUGGUUAAAUCCUAUCCAUUCCAACUCUACCAUUCCUUUAUACGUAGCUUUCACCACCAUUCCAGGCCUGACGGGUGUGAUCAUCACAUUGGCGCUUAUUCUCAUGAUCACAUCUUCCAUGGAACAAAUACGCAGAAGCUAUUUCGAAGUCUUCUGGUACACCCACCAUCUCUUUGUGAUCUAUUUUGCUGGCCUCGUCAUCCAUGGCAUCGCAGGUCUUGUUCGUGGGCAAACGGCCGAAAGUUUGAUGAAGAAUAACCCCAAGAAGUGUGCGCAUCGCCAUACCCAGUGGGGCCAAAACAGCAGCCAUCCCUAUUGUGAAGUGCCUGAGUUUGGGAGCAUUCCAGCUGAGUCCUGGAAGUGGGUGCUGGCACCUAUUAUUCUCUAUGCCUUUGAGCGAGCCCUGAGGAUUUGGCGCUCCUGCCAGAAGGUGGAUAUUAUGAAGGUCAUCAUGCAUCCCUCCAGAGUGCUGGAAAUUCAGAUGUUCAAGGCAGGUUUUAGCAUGGAAAUCGGACAGUAUGUGUUCCUCAACUGCCCCGCCAUCUCCUAUCUGGAGUGGCAUCCGUUCACUCUCACCUCCGCCCCGGAGGAAAACUACUUCUCGGUCCACAUUCGGGUGGCGGGUGAUUGGACGGAGACCUUGAUUGACACCUUGCAGCAGCCAAACUCACCAAUGCCCAGGAUGAUGGUGGAUGGUCCUUUUGGCACAGCCAGUGAGGAUGUCUUCCGGUAUGAGGUGGCCAUGCUGGUGGGAGCUGGGAUUGGGGUGACUCCGUUUGCUUCAGUACUGAAAUCCAUCUGGUACAAGCUCCAACAUGGUGACCAGGAGCUUCAAACCAGAAAGAUUUACUUCUACUGGGUUUGCCGAGAAACAGGAUCGUUUGCCUGGUUUAAACACCUCCUUUCCUCCUUGGAGCAAGAGAUGGAGGGAUCUGGUAGAGCCGAUUUCCUGAGCUACCAUCUUUACCUCACUGGCUGGAACAGAAGCAUGGUUGGCCAUGCAGCUCUCCAUUUUCAGAAGUCCACCGACAUGGUGACAGGCCUGAGGCAAAAAACCUCUUUUGGGAGACCCAUGUGGAAUAAUGAAUUUUCGGCAGUGGCGGCUGCACACCCCAGGUCUGUUGUGGGUGUGUUCUUGUGUGGACCAGAGCAGCUGGCAAAAACUCUGAGAAAAUACUGCAGUCAGCACUCUAGUCUGGAUCCCAGAAACGUCCAGUUUUAUUUCAACAAAGAGAACUUCUGAAACACCAGGAUUCAAAUCAGAAGGGGAAAGCUAUUAAAUACCUGUCUGAACUAAAUAACGACUAUAAGACCAGAGCCUGCAACUUAGUGGACACUCCUUUCAAAUUUGCAUAUUGCCAGGAUAUAUAUUUUUCUAUUUAUUUUUUUUAAGUUUAAAUAAAAUGUAAAAAAAUAUGCCAAUUGGCACUAAUAAAUUGGCACACUGCACUGCCAUCUAACCAUAUUGAUAAAAGCCAGUCUCUCUUUUUUAGUGAACCAUGUCAGGAUCAAAUUCCAUUUUUUUUUUAUUGCUUUCUGGCAAAAAGCGCAAGCUUUUUGUAUAGAUGAUAGGCAAUUUGGGGACAAAAAAAAAAUUCAAAUAAUUGAGCCUGAGAAAUGCUGUCCUUCCCAAAGCUGCAGUAAAUGGCACAAAUGUUUGAUUCUUGCUUCAUCUGGCAAACGCCCACCUCUUAUUUUGACCGUUGUGUACUAAAAUCUAUGCUGAUGUCUCAUCUUCAGAGCUAUAAUCAACUCAAUCUUCUAUUCAGCUAGUCAACAUUUCCCAGAUGUUGCCCCCCCCCUUUUUUUUUGCAAGAGCUGCAGACAAUAUUGGAGCAAUCGGUCUGCUUGGGAGUGCUGUGAAUGGACUCUUCUUGUGGUGGGAAACUGCAAAGAUGCGACAUGACAGGUGCAUAAACAGCAAUGUGAAAAAGGAAUUUGUUAAGGGUUGUAAUGUAUUCUGAGCAGGCUUUGAAUGGUGCAUAAUCAGGAUAAGGUUUUUUUUUGUAAUAUUCUCUCUUCCUGUCUUACAAUGCUGUAUCAGCAGAGCUAUAAUCUGAUUUGCUUAAUGGUGGUUUAACUGCUGCUGGUUUGUAAUGAACAGCCAAUUCUGAUUCCUUCAGUAACUCAGGGUAACUGAAACCAUGCCAUGUCUUGGACUACGUUGAACACCUAGAUUUUAUUUUCCUGGCCUCAAGAUCACUGCAGAUGGGGACUACAGCCAAGAAAUUAAAAGACACUUACUUCUGGGGAGGAAAGCUAUGGCCAAUCUAGACGACAUACUAAAAAGCAGAGACAUCACCCUGCCAAAAAAAGUGCGUAGAGUCAAGGUGAUGGUUUUCUCAGUUGCAAUGUAUGGCUGUGAAAGUUGGACCAUGAGGAAGGCUGAGCGUCAAAG